AUGGCAAAAAUUGGCCGCUAUUUGUUUGUGUCUUUCCCAAUACCUGCGCAACUGACGGACGACGAUGCAAAAAGACAACCUCAAUUGACGUUGAAGAUGAUAAUCGAAGUCCGUGAUGACUUGGGAAGUGCCGCUUCGAUCUUCUCCCGAAAGCAUCCACUCUCCUGCUGGCUCUCCUCAAUGUUGAUGUGCUUCGCCGACGCCUUCCUUGCCAAUUUUCUACUCGGUGAACCUGUGAUCGCUCCAUUCAAACGACAUGAUGAUGUGAUUCUUGCUACAUUUGUCUGGUACUGUGUGUUUUAUGCACCAUUCGAUGGAAUCUACAAAAUUGCAAAAAUCACACCGGUCAAAUGUGUGCUCGCCGUGAUGAAGGAAGUGAAGAGAGCGUAUAAAGUGUCUCAUGGAGUAUCACAUGCUGCGAAGUUGUAUCCAAACUCGUAUCUCGUUCAAGUACUUGUUGGAACUGCCAAAGGAGCUGGAUCUGGAAUCGUAAGAACAUUGGAGCAGUUGGUUCGAGGAGUCUGGUUGCCAACUCACAAUGAGUUGCUCCGCCCAUCAUUUGCCACCAAAGCUUGCGUCGUUGCAGCUUCAGUUUUAGCUCUUGAGAAGAGUGGAACCUAUUUGACAGCUCCACACGAUCUUAUCUACUUGGUUAUCGUCGGAUUCUUCGUCUACUUCAAGCUCUCCGCUGUCAUUCUCCACGUCACCGAUCCAUUCGCCCCAAUUGAGAAUCUGUUCUGUGCAGUUUUCAUGGGUGGACUCUGGGAUGCCGUCUCUCGUGCUCUUGCCGCCUCCCGUGAUCGUCGUGCCGCUGGACAUUCGAACGAAAAUGGUUCUUCAAUUUCCACAUCGGAAAAAAAGGAUCAAUAG